AUGCUUCCUGUCCGGCCAGGACUUUCUCGCCAGCUCUCCGCAGCCGCAAUGCAGGUUCCCAUGAUCAGCGCGCCUCAGAAGCAGACCAACGAAAUCGACUGGGUCGCUCCGCUCAAGCAGCACAUCCGCAGUGCAUAUGGCGAUGAUCCAGAAUCCUACAAUGAGGAAUGUGACGCCUUGAAUCGUCUCCGCCAGGAUAUGCGCGGAGCGGGGCGAGAUAGCGCGGCGGGACGAGAUCUGCUGUAUAGAUACUAUGGACAGCUGGAGUUGCUCGAUCUUCGCUUUCCCGUGGACGAGAACCACAUCAAGAUCAGCUUCACUUGGUUCGAUGCUUUCACACACAAACCUACAAGUCAGUUCUCGUUGGCGUAUGAAAAGGCCAGCAUCAUUUUCAACAUAUCCGCGGUGUUAUCAUGCCAUGCUGCGAACCAAAAUCGUCACGAGGAUACCGGGUUGAAGACUGCAUAUCAUUCCUUCCAGGCUUCCGCGGGCAUGUUCACUUAUAUCAACGAGAAUUUCCUUCAUGCUCCUUCGACCGAUCUCAGCCGGGAGACUGUCAAGACGUUGAUCAACAUCAUGCUUGCUCAGGGCCAAGAAGUCUUCAUCGAGAAGCAGGUCAUGGAYAAGAAGAAGCCAGGACUAAUCGCAAAACUUGCCGCGCAGGCUGCAUACCUCUACGCGCAAGCCGUGGAAGGUGUGCAAGACAACGUCUCCCGUGCCAUCUUCGAACGCGUGUGGUUGUUGAUGGUGCAAAUCAAGCAACAUCACAUUGCCAGUGUGGCACAAUACUACCAAGCUGUAGCCGACUACGAAGCGAACAAGUAUGGAGAAGCCAUUGCCCGCCUCACAGCAGCGCAGAAUGCCGCCAAAGAAGCCAUCAAGCUUGCAAAUGCGUUCCCCGGAAACGUUCCUUCUAACAGUAACCUCGUUUCCGAAACGGGCGUGAUUUUGCUUGACAUGGCGAAGAAGCAGGCUGCGUCAAUCACUGAGCUGCAGGCAGAGUACAACCGAGACAACGACAUGAUCUACCACCAACCGGUGCCGUCAAUAGAGAACCUGGGAAGUAUACCCAAGUUACCAGCUGCGAAAGCAAUUCCUGUCAGUGAACUCUACCAAGGACAAGACAUCCACCGAAUCAUCGGACCGGACAUCUUCUCACGAAUCGUGCCCAUGUCAGUGACAGAAAGCGCCAGUCUAUACGACGAGGAAAAGGCAAAAGUGGGGAGAGCCGAAGCGGAAAGAGUCGAGGCCGCAGACCAAGAGCUGGUAGCUGCGUACGAUUAUCUUCGACUCCCCGGGAGUAUCGACAUCAUGAGGGGAACUGCAGAUCAGGAAGCCAUGGGUGUGGAUGGAGACUUCAGGAACUGGUGCGAGGAGCUUGCUGGGCACUCCCCAUUCAUCCCAGUCUUCGACCGGUUGAGGGAUGAUAAGGGACAGAUCCUCAACACUUUAGAUGGUUGUAUGAAGCAGUUGGACAUGGAGGAGUCUGUUUGCGAAAAGAUGCGCAGCAAGUAUGGUGCGGAAUGGACGCAACAGCCUUCUUCCCGUCUUACCCAGACUUUGCGAACUGACGCGCGCAGCUACCGUGCUGCGGUUGAGGAAGCGGCGACCAGUGACGCACAAUUAUAUGCCUCGUACCGACAGUAUGAGGGAGACAUGGAGGAGAUGCGGAGUGCUGGAGAGACGGACGAGGCCGAUGUGCUGUACCAACGUGCAAUGRCCAAAGCCGGUGCUGGCAUGAAAGGCGGCAUGAGUCCUUCUCAAGAAGGCAAUUUGCUCGACGAUGACUUUGAGAGUGAUGGCAAGGAGAGUAUUGCCGAGCAGCUGGAGCGAGUCGAAGGUAUAAURAGAACACUGUCACUUGUCAAGCGAGAUCGAACUCAGGUGCUCAAGGAUCUCAAAGAAAAGAUCCGAACAGACGACAUCUCCUCCGUCUUGAUCCUCAACAAGAAAGCGAUCACUAACCAAGAACAUGCGCUGUUCAAAACGGAACUAGAGAAGUUCCGCCCGUAUCAGGWCCGGAUUAUGCAGGCGUUGCACAAGCAAGCUUCGCUGGUCAAGGAGUUAAAGCAAGUGUACGAGAUACUGUUGGCUGACAAGAGGGUCAAAAAGGAGACUGAGAGAUAUCAUGGCUUCACAAAGCAAAGAGGCAUUGUUGUCGGGAAGUACAGGAAGGUCUGGCAAGCGUACAAAGACCUACAAGCGGGCCUCGACCGCGCUCGGCAGUUCUACGCUGAAAUGCAGGAAACUUGCGAGAGCUUGAAGAAGAAUGUUGAGGCCUUUGUUGAGAACCGCAGAAGUGAAGGUGGUCAGCUUCUCAGCUCCAUCGAGGCCUCUAAGAGUAAUGGCGCGAGUAAGGAGCAGGAGAGGCUGAACGCUGUCAUGGAGAGGAUGCGCUUGAGUGGUAGCAACUCACCCGCCCCACCUCCGCCUCCACCUUCUGCGGGCUACGACCGGGACCACAGACCCACGCCUCUGCAAAGUCAAGCAAGCUGGGGAUCUCAGCCUCCAACAUACAACCCUGCCGCGAGUCCGCCAAUAACCCCUCGAUACCCGCCCACGAAUGGCAACGGAAUGCAGAGUCCCGCACCAUAUCCGUCCUACCAACAAUCACAGCAAAACAACUCCUCAGCAGCAGGAGGGAACGGGAGCUACAACCCAAACUCAUACGGCGCGAUGAGUCCUCCAGCCCACCAGCUGCACUUCUCCCCCCCACCGUCACAGUCGCCAUAUGGAAACUUUCAACAACCACAGCAGCAAUACGUACCUCAGAAUCAACAAUCACAACCGCAGUACGGCCAGCAACCACAGUACCCUUCACAGCAACCAUCAUACCACCUGCCCGGUCCGCCGCCCGGACCGCCUCCGAACGGGGACUACAGCGCGAUGCAGGCGACACAGUAUCCUGCUGGUCCCGGCGGUUAUGCUCAUGAUCCAAGACGAUCGCAGCCUCAACAGCAGCAGAACGGUGGAUCGACGGGUGCUGAUCCAUGGGGAUCGCUGUCAAGUUGGAAGUGA